AUGUCGAACUCAAGCCUCCCCGAGCCAUCCACAGAACGCGUGACGCGAUCAUCGACCGCGCGCAAUCCUCGAAGACGGCCGCGACAGAGCGACAACGACACCCUCAAAACCCACGCUCCCAGGCGGAAGCGCAGUAAGGUCACCGAAGACACAUAUGUGCCGCGGCUAUCCACCGAGAAUGGCUCCAUCGCGCCUUCUCAGGAGUCAGACAUCCUCGAGACGCCUCCGGAUGGCAUGAACGAUGGCAUGAACGGCUCUGCGAAUGGAGUCUACUCGAAUGGCUUCCACAGGCAUGAGCGAGCCGGCAGCACCAGCACGCCACUGAUGGACGGCGAGACAUCGCUGGCAAUCAGAGGUAGCAAGAAGGGUACUGUGAAGCGAUCGCACCUGCGCGGCGAUGGCGCAACAACUCUAUGUCACAAUGAAGUCUAUACCGUCAAGAUGCUCCCCAGUACGCCGAGAGAGCUCAAAAAGCCAGAAGCGGAAUAUAGAGGCAGCGUACAAGGCAACUACGCGCUUGCGGUCACGCAGAAGAAGGCGAUAGUAUGGGAAUACACGUCACAUACCGCCGCGAGCAAUCCGCGCACCUUUGACAUUCCCUUCCCCUCUCGAUCUGGCGAACCUCUCCCAUUCGGCGCCCUGGUGCCCACUGGUGUCAGCACCACAGACUACGGCCUCCUGCUCAUAUCCGCCACGAGCGGCAAAGUCAUCUUCUAUGAGUCGAUCGAUCGCGCUGCCUCGCUUGGCCUGUUUCACGACCGCAAGUCGGGUGUAGAAGGUACCAUCCCGCUUUCCUCCUACGAGACCGUCGCCAGUCUGGUUCCUGCCGAUCAUGCAGGCUUUAUUGCUGUAUUGAGCUCUGGCAAGCUUGUGCAUUUGACUCUCCGCGAUGCGCAAGGAAAGCCUAGAAUAGCGAAUCAGCAGCUGAAGAUCACUGAAGCUGGAUCGGGAGGCGUCUUUGGAAGCUUUACGGGAUUCCUCAAAUCUACGCACAGGCGAGAUCUCACGGCAGUACAUACAAGACCUUCGAGGAUUCGAGGCCGCAUGCAAGCCAUUGGUUUGACAGAACGUGCUGAGGUACUGCUCUGGGAUCUUGAUUGGUCUGGACAUUCCGAAUUCAAGGCAAGCAUCGAUUUUCGAGAAGUGCUCGUCAAUGGUUUGAAGGAUAUUGUGCCUCCAGAGCUGCAUGGCCAAGCUGAGCAGGCAGUCGCGCUGGACUUUGCAAUCAGCGCAAAGCCCACUUCUAGUCUGGCGCUGGCAAACAAUGACGAUUCCGACCCUCCUCUUUUCCUGCUUAUUCUGGCUCGAAUUGGCAAUGUUGGAAUGCACAGCUUCUCGUUGGUCGAAUUGUCACUACCUGGCGAAGGCUUAGCAGAAGUCGAGCGCAUCUGUCGGAUUGAGACCUACAGCACUCCAAGCUCCUCAGAUAGCAAGCCGCGACUCGUCAUUCCCGCCCCAGGUCACACAGCGUUUGUCACGUUCGAAGAUGCGACUACACUCAUGGGCACCCAGACCAUUGUGCCCAACACUCCUGAAGCACAGCUACAUGCAUCGUAUGUAGUGCCAGACGCUUUCGAGGAGACCAUUGCGCUGCGAUCGGGCAAGAGCUUGACAAUUCGAGAAGUCUAUGAGGAGCAUUCUAAAGGUGGUCAGGCUAGUAUGGUUUCCUUCAUUCAGGGCGCGGGUCUGGUACGCAUUACUACAGCCGACACUACCAAACUGGACCAAUUCACGAGAAUCUCCAUCAAGAGCAAAAUCGAACAGGCCGUGUUUUAUGGCGCAUUGCAGCCGGACAACAUCAUUGAUUUCGCCAAGCAGGACGAGUCUGGAUAUGAUCUGGGUGAUGUGCAAACCUCUGCCCUGGCAAUCAGCGACCAGAUCUUGCGUGCAGAUACAAUAUUCACGCAUUUCCUUCCACCUUCGCCGCCAUCAAUGCCACAUCACCUUGCCACUAAAGCCAAAGCUUUGCAGGCACUGGCGACGCACGUACGAACGGCUCAUCCGGCGAUGUCGAGAGAUACAAUGUGGCGGAUGCUGUCUGACGCCGAGCGCAUCGCGGCUGGACAGCAACUCUGGAUUGCGUUCCAAGAACAUAUCGAGUUAGUCAGCCAAGUGAAGCGAAGGUCGACGCUGCUGGACGAGCUAUGCUCUUGGUUCGACGAGGCUGCGGAAGCUUUUGCGCAGCGGAAGGAUCUAGCAAACGAAGACAGCGUGAGAAAAUUCUUCAUUGGCGGACUUCACCGGCUAGAAGCGCUCCUCCAACAUGUGAGGGUGUUCUUGAAGGACGAAUUGGAGGAAACCGCGCGCGACCCGGCCGACUCGAUGAAGCUCGUAUUCCAAGCGAACGAAAUAUGCCUGCUGUCGCUCCAAACAGCAUUCAAGUUUCGUGCAGACAAUUGCUCUACUUAUGGCAUCCCACCAGACCUCAUUGAAGACGGCAUUCUCAUUGCUCUGGAGGAAUAUGCGGGCGUCCAGCAGUUCUGGACGUCUCCUUCUUGGUUCGUUCGCAACACUGUCGAGAUUGCCAACCUAUCCGGAGAGAUCAACAAGAAGCUCUAUGUCCCGGAAAAUCUGGACGUUGACACCGAGCGCCUGGCACGUGAAGUGGCCGAUCUCAAUCCUAAACUGCUUGAAAUAUGGUGCACUCAAUAUCAAGAAGACAUAUACUGGCACUUGGAACACUCCGAUCCCAGGUAUCGAGAAACUGGCAAGAAGCUUGAGUUAGAGUUCGAAGACGAUCGUUACAAGCAACUUCGUAAGCUGGCGGACGUCGGGCAAGCCGCUGCUGGAAUGCAGCUGGCGGAGAAAUAUCGAGACAUGAACACCCUCACUGAUAUGGUCAUUGCGGAAGAUCAAUAUCUCGAAGAGAUGAUGCACGAUCGAAAAAUCGAUCGAUCUGGAAUUCCGGUCCUGAAGAAAGAAUUGCAAUCCAAAAUCCGGCAAUACUUCAAUCGAUAUGGCGCAGAGUGGUCUGAGGUCUUCUUCGACAGGCUGUUUUCCGACGCAUCUUGCGGAUCGAAGCUGGCGAGAGCACAGAUUGAGUGGAAGCAGGCGCUUACGGAAUACCUUAGAGCAAAGCCUUCUCGCGCGAAGCUGUGCUGGAUCAACGAUGUUACGGAGAGCCAUGAUUUCGCGCAUGCGGCAACAGUUCUGCGACAGGCUGCGGAAGAGCAGGAGACCAAGCUGUGGUCGAAGAAGGUCGAGCUCUCCAUGUCUAAGCUCGCCUUACUAGCCGCCGAGGAGGCUGAGGGCCCAACGGCAAUCAGGAGGUUGUCACGUGGUGCUCAAGAGAAAGCUCGCACAACACAAGACGACUUGACUGUUGUUCAAGUCCAGGAAGAGCUCUAUGCGCACAUUCGACCCGAUAUUAUGGCUUCGAUUGAUCGCGAGGCUGAACUCCAGAUUUGUGUUCAGAACUACGGCAAUAAAGUCAAUGAGUUUCCCGCGUUACGUCGACUUCUGGAACUUGGCCUUGACCUUGUUCUCGACAACAUUGCACUUUCCGUGGAUCAGCUGAUCGACAUUCUCACGCUCAUGGAUGUGAACGUCAACGACACAGCCGAGGGUAAUUUCCGCGGUUCGGAGUUCUUCCAAGCACUCAGGGCUCUCAAUGCUGCAGCAUCCUCACUUCCCUCUACACGCUUCGAGAUGCUUCUCCAAACCAUUUGGAAGCGAGCCUACCUCUACGACAACUGGAACAAAAUGAAGCUCUCAUCCUCGAAUAUUUCAGACGACGAACGUCAAUCCAAACUCCGUCAAAGCAACAUCUGGCAAACGCUCCGCUACUUCUUGGAAUCCGAGCUCAACACCGAAGAAGCGCACGUUCGUUUCGUGUGGCCCAGCGAAUGUCUCGGUUCAGGAUGCGCGGAGGCGGAUUGGGAUCAUCGAUUCUCCGACCCGGAAAUCCUUGACCCUCUCAUCGCCGACUCACGAAGACAAGACGACAUCCUGCAAGGUUAUGUUACCGAUCGUUCGCUCGAUGCAGUUGUCGAGGGCAUUGUGGCGGACGUCAAGGUGCUGUUGAAAGAAAUCUCGGAGGAGCGGAAAGCUAUGGCUGAACAAGCUACGCAUUUGAUGGAAGGUGAUGAUCAUGUCAAUGGGGAUUUUCAUUUGAACGGAGAGCUUGAGGGGCUGAGGCAAGAGAAUUUGGAGGUUGGCGAUGAGAGUGGGGUUGAGGAGGACGAGGGAGAGGGAGAGGGAGAGGAAAACGGUGGAGAUGUUGAGAUGAUGGAGGUGGAGGAGUAGAUGUGUUUUGAUACCAUAGAUUAUGACUGACACAGACAGGCAAUAGAUUUGACCUGAGAG